CCCAGAACAGGUGAUGCUUCAAAAUUGUGAUCACUUUCUGGAGGCAGCGCUGCCACUGGAAGGAUGCGAGCGACCUAGGGCGGAGAGCCUGAGGCGGCAGAUCUGAACUUGCGGAGGAUAUAACCCAAACUUUACAUCAGUCCGCACCUCACGCGUGGAAGCAAAGGACGGGUUAUCUUUUUAAUUUUUUUUUCCCCAAGAGAGACUCAAACUUCGGCCCUUGACCCCUUUUCUUGGAUUGCUUUGGAGGAGACGGUUUGGUGACAACGUUGGGAACAGUGAGGACAGCGCUGUAACUCAUUUUUUAAAGCGACAGUAGAUCAGACUUUUUAAAUGUUUGGGAUCCAAGAUACUUUAGGAAGAGGACCAGCUCUGAAAGAGAAAUCGCUGGGCGCCGAGAUGGAUUCGGUCAGGUCCUGGGUCCGGAAUGUCGGCGUGGUGGACGCCAAUGUCGCGGCGCAGAGCGGAGUAGCCCUGUCCCGGGCCCACUUUGAGAAGCAGCCUCCCUCCAACUUGAGAAAAUCCAACUUCUUUCACUUCGUCCUGGCACUCUACGACAGGCAGGGCCAGCCGGUGGAGAUCGAGCGCACCGCCUUCGUAGACUUUGUGGAGAACGACAAAGAACAAGGCAACGAGAAGACCAACAAUGGCACCCACUACAAGUUACAGCUCCUCUACAGCAAUGGUGUCCGCACAGAGCAGGACCUGUAUGUCAGGCUCAUCGACUCGGUUACCAAGCAGCCCAUAGCUUACGAGGGACAAAAUAAGAAUCCGGAAAUGUGCCGAGUUCUCCUCACACACGAAGUGAUGUGCAGUCGAUGUUGCGAAAAGAAAAGUUGUGGCAACCGAAAUGAGACUCCUUCAGACCCUGUCAUCAUCGACAGGUUCUUUUUAAAAUUUUUCCUCAAGUGCAAUCAGAAUUGUUUGAAAACAGCAGGAAACCCAAGGGACAUGAGAAGGUUUCAGGUCGUGUUGUCGACAACAGUCAACGUGGAUGGACAUGUGCUGGCUGUUUCCGACAACAUGUUUGUUCAUAACAACUCGAAGCAUGGGCGGAGAGCGAGAAGGCUGGACCCGUCAGAAGCUACUCCAUGCAUCAAAGCCAUUAGCCCAAGUGAAGGCUGGACCACCGGAGGAGCCAUGGUCAUCAUCAUUGGGGACAACUUCUUUGAUGGCCUCCAAGUGGUGUUUGGGACCAUGCUUGUAUGGAGUGAGCUGAUAACUCCUCAUGCCAUCAGAGUGCAGACUCCUCCUCGGCACAUUCCCGGAGUAGUAGAAGUGACAUUAUCUUAUAAAUCCAAACAGUUCUGCAAAGGAGCUCCAGGGAGGUUCAUUUACACAGCGUUAAAUGAACCCACCAUAGAUUAUGGCUUUCAGAGGCUGCAGAAAGUCAUCCCAAGGCAUCCUGGAGACCCUGAGAGAUUAGCUAAGGAAAUGCUGUUGAAAAGAGCUGCAGAUCUGGUGGAGGCGCUCUAUGGGACACCACACAAUAACCAGGACAUCAUUUUGAAGCGAGCCGCAGACAUUGCUGAAGCCCUCUACAGUGUCCCCAGGAACCCCAGCCAGAUCCCAGCUCUCUCCAGCUCUCCAGCUCACAGCGGCAUGAUGGGCAUCAAUUCUUAUGGCAGCCAGCUUGGGGUCAGCAUCUCAGAGUCAACACAGGGAAAUAAUCAAGGAUACAUCCGCAACACAAGCAGCAUCUCUCCUCGGGGCUACUCGUCCAGCUCCACCCCUCAGCAGUCUAACUACAGCACCUCCAGUAACAGUAUGAAUGGCUACAGCAACGUCCCCAUGGCCAACCUGGGUGUUCCAGGGUCACCAGGAUUUCUAAACGGCUCCCCCACAGGCUCCCCUUAUGGAAUCAUGUCAUCAAGUCCCACUGUUGGAUCUUCCAGCACAUCCUCCAUCCUCCCGUUUUCCUCUUCAGUUUUUCCUGCUGUCAAACAGAAGAGUGCCUUUGCCCCUGUCAUCAGGCCUCAAGGCUCCCCUUCACCCGCCUGCUCCAGUGGCAAUGGAAAUGGAUUCAGAGCCAUGACCGGACUUGUCGUGCCCCCAAUGUAAAGAAGAGGAAGAACUGCUUUCUUAUAGCACAACACUACUUACUCUGAUGGACCAAUGAUGAAGAAAGCACUAGGAGCUCUCUGGGGAGAGUUAUGACCACAAGUGAACAUGAUGGACAGAUCUGGGUUUGCAAGGAGCUGCCUCUUACCUGGUCUUGCAUUUUUCGUGUGGUUCUAAUGGUAGCUACACAAACUGACCCGCUCGGGAACAAGGACAAAAGAUGUCAUUGACAUAGUCAGUGCUAAGAGCGGAGAUGCAAUUCUUUGUUAUGAACAUUAUGAGAACCACCUUCCUAUGUUUGUAAAAUAUUUAAGAAAAAAAAUUGGCAAACGACUCAUGCUUAAUAUUUUGGAUACUAUUUGUUUUUCUUUGUAGGAAAAAAAAGUUGAAAGUUUCUAUUUUCUAUGAAGCCUUUCAGAUACCAAUUUAGUUUAUGCAGAAAAAAAAAUUGAACAAAACAGGGUACCAGCAUGGAAGACUUUCUUAAAACGAAACCUGAAUCGAAUGAUGAAAUGUUGCUGUAUGUGUGUUUGCUUAUAGUUUAAUCUCUUAAAAAAAAAAAAACAAACAAAAAAACAAAAAAA